AUGAGUCGACCUUUCAGAGGCCGUUCUGAUAGAGGUCGUGGCGUCAAUGACAGAGGCCGCGGCGGUCGUAGUGGUGGAGACGAUUUUGGAGGUCAGGUCGAGGAGGAUUCACAAAACAAGCUCGUCGAUUCCCUUCGAAAAGUGCCAGCAAAGCCAGAGCGUCCAACACGUCCAGGCUUUGGUACCUUGGGCAAGCCUACCAUUUCGCGUGCUAAUUUCUUUCCACUAGAACUACCCAAGGGCCCUCUGUAUGACUACGAGAUCAAGAUUGAGCCUACGACCUUUCUGAACAAGCGCAAAGACCGUAUUUUCCAGUUGCUUGAGGCCAACCCUCAGGUUCGUGCUCACCUAGGCGUUGUUGCUCAUGAUAGAAGUGCACGCCUCGUGUCUGCUGUGAAGCUGCCAAAUUUGCACGUAGCAGUACCGUUCUUUGAAGAGGGCCAGAAUGGCCCCCCGACUGGUGCUAUCACAUACCUGAUUUCCAUCGUCUUUAAGCGCGAGCUAAACCUCGAUGAACUCUCCAAGUACCUCAACGCUGACAAGGAAUAUCGAGAUUACGAUCCAUUGCCCAUUAUUUCGGCCGUAAAUUUGGUACUGCAGCAGAAUGCUAUGCGCACAGGUGUGCGUAUUGGACAGAACAAGUACUUCUUUCCACCCCCACCUGGUGAGCGCAAAAUCCUGGGACCCGGCGUUGAGGCGUGGAGAGGGUUUUUCAUAUCUGUUCGGUCGACUUAUCAGCAACUGAUGGUUAACAUCAAUGUCUGUAUGGCCCCGUUCGUCGAGCCAGGUAAUCUUGCAGAUGUUCUUGUGUCGUUCAACCGGAAUUCUUCAGGUGGAAUGCCAACACUUCCCAAGGAGCUAGCCAGAAGCAUCAAAGUCGUCACUAACCAUCUUGGUCAUAAACAUCGGUACAAGCUCUGGGAGAUUGGCCGCAAAUCUGCUCGGAAUACUACUUUUCCUUGCGAAGAAUUUGGAAAAAAGAACAUGUCAGUCGAGGAAUUCUUCAAGAGAAAAUAUAACAUUACUUUGCGUCAUGGAGCUGACCUCCCAGUGGUCAAUGUCGGGAGUAUCAAGAAACCAACAUGGCUACCCGCGGAAUUGUGUACGAUCGAAGCUGGGAAUCCGUACCGAGGACGGCUAGGCGAACAAAAGGUUGCACAGAUGAUUCGAUACGCGUGUAACCCACCAUGCGCUCACGCGGAGUUGAUCGUCGGGGAGGGGUUCAAAAACUUAUCCCUUUCACCUCCUAGGUCGCCCGUCGAUGGAUUUGGCAUUUCCAUCGACCAGGAAAUGCCUGGGAUUCCGACUCGCGUGCUUCCCCCUCCAUCGGUGUCGUAUCGCGUUGGAAGACCGAGGGUAGACAAUGCUUCAUGGAAUAUCCUUGACGUCAAGUUUCACCGCGGUGCGACUGUCAACGAAUUCUGGGUACUCCCGAUACGCGAGCGAACGCAGAACAGAUAUCCGCCCCCGGAUCAGAUACAGCCACUGAUCAUAGCGUUUUCGAGGAAGCUGCAAUCGGCUGGGAUGAAUGUUCCAGGAGGGAUGCCGCGAUUGUUGAGGGAGCUACCGGCGCUAGCUCCUGUGCACGAGGACCCGGGGGGGGGGCCGAGUUUUGUGUUGGUGUUGUUAAUGCAUAGGGAUGAUUUCAUUUAUCCUGGUGUCAAACGGAUCGGAGACUCUGAGCUGGGAUUACAGACGGUUACGAUGCAGCUCGAGAAGGCCAUGAGAGGAGACAAACAGGACCAGUACCUCUCGAAUAUCGCGUUGAAGGUGAAUACGAAGCUUGGCGGGAUCAAUCACAAGUUGGACGAUCAAGCGAUGAAGUGGCUGCGCAAGAAGAAGGCGAUGAUGGUCGGGAUCGAUGUCACCCACCCUACUCCGGGGACAAGAUUUGGCACUCCGUCGAUCGCGGCGGUCGUGGCGAGUGUGGAUGAUGAUUUUGUCCAAUUCCCGGCGAGCAUGAGGAUCCAGAGGCCUGAGGCAAAUAAACAUUCGAAGGAGGUCGUCGAGGAGCUACAGCAUAUGAUGCUUGAGCGUCUAUUAGUUUACGAGAAGAAGAACAAGGCGUUGCCGGAGAGGAUUCUCGUGUUCCGGGAUGGUGUCUCCGAGUAUGAUAUUAUCAUUCGAGACGAGGUCUCACAAAUCAAGGAGGUUGCGAAGAGACUGAAUACCAAGGACAGGAAGGCGUACAGACCGCUUGUAUCUGUCAUGAUAUACCGGAAGCGACACCAUGCUAGACCCUACCCUACAAAUGGUCCAGAUGCAGAUAAGAACGGCGACACAAAACCUGGGACGGUAAUUGACAAGGGCAUUACUGGAGUAUUUGACUACGAUUUCUAUCUCCAAGCGCACGCUGGUAUCAAAGGCAAGGCCAAGCCAACACAUUAUGUUGUCAUCUACGACGAGAAUAGUCUUGAUGUGGAUGAUAUCCAGAAGGGGACGAACGACGCUAGUUAUCUAUAUGCACGUGCGACGAAAGCCGUUAGUCUCAUCCCGCCGGCGUACUAUGCGGAUCUGGCGUGCGAAAGGGGGAGAUGCUAUUUGAAUGAUUUCUUGAAGGAUGAUGGGUCGACUGUUUCUGGGUCGCCCAGUCGGGAUGAGGAGGCGGCAAGAGUGUUUAAUGCUGCUCGCAAGGCUUGGGGCAACGGGCUCCAUGAGAAUAUCAAGGACAGUAUGUUUUAUAUCUAGAGUCAAAUAUUUAGAAGGAAGGGAGACGUUGGGUGUGUGUGCUUUUGUGCUCUCUUCGGUCUUGCAGUUGUUUUGGUGAUGUCGUGUUAUAAUGCUAUAUAGCCAAGAAAUGGCUUUGGAUCGUAA